AUGAAGGAAUACCUGAUCGAUUUCCCAGUUUUGUUACCGAAAGGGAAACUCUUCGAGCGUUCACCUGCUGUCCCACUUAAACUACCUUCUUGGCUGUCUGAGGAAGAAGCUAACUACUAUGUCACUAAAUUCCAGAAAACCGGCUUCACUGGUCCACUAAACUAUUACCGAAACCUUAACAGGAAUUGGGAACUGUUGGCACCAUGGACAGGAUGUGAGAUCAAGACACCAGCCAAGUUCAUAACAGGCGAUAAGGACCUGGUUUAUCAUAUGGCUGGGAUGAAGGACUACAUUCACAAUGGUGGGUUCAAAGAAGAUGUGCCGUUGUUGCAGGAAGUGGUGGUAAUGGAAGGUGUUGCUCAUUACAUCAACAUGGAAAAACCAGAUGAGAUUAACAAUCACAUUUAUAACUUCUUUCGCCAGUUUGAUUGA